AACGCCAGAACAUUAUUGUGUCUGCUGUACACCGUCAAUAUGGAUGUAAAAUUGAGCUUCAUAUUUGCGUCAAUAUUACUGACGGCUGCAUCGUCUUCUGUCUAUGAAAGGGACGAAGUCUUGCGAAUAUUCCCGAGGAAUGCCGAAGAUGUGCGAUUUUUAACGAGUAUGGAGGAACAACCAGAAAUAUCGCUCGACUUCUGGAAACUCCCUUCUGGCCCAGACAAUAUCCUUGAUGUACACGUACCGAAGGCGUCUCUCUCACAUGUCAAAGACGGACUCACACGACAAGGAAUCCCGUUCAGCGUCUUGGUCGACGACGUUGGCCUAGCCCUCCAACAGCACAUGCGCACUAACCGGAUGUCAAGGGAACGGUCACGCAUGCGCAGAGAUGAGGGCUUCGACUUCAGUGUCUAUCACACAUAUAGGGAGAUCACAGACCACAUGCGUUACCUCGCCGACACCUACCCGGAGAUAGCCUCUAUGAUGAGUGUGGCAGCCACCUACGAGGCCCGUUCUAUCAUGACCAUCAAACUGGGCAAACCGUUCUCUAACGGCACGGCGAAGCCUGCCAUCUGGAUAGACGGGGCUAUCCACUGCCGGGAGUGGAUCGUCCCCGCUACGCUUAUAUAUGCUGUCGAUAGGUUUGUUCGUCAGUACGGCUCUGACCCGACUGUGACACGGAUCCUGGAUGACCUUGACCUGUACGUGACCCCGGUCUUCAACGCCGACGGUUACGUCUACACCUGGCGGUCUGAUGACACGCGGCUGUGGCGGAAGAACCGUGCUCCCCAGGCCGGUCCGUGUGUCGGGGUGGACAUGAACAGGAACUGGGACAGUCGCUGGGCAGAGGGCGGUUCGAGUCACGACCCCUGCAGUCUGCUGUACCACGGCACGGCGCCGUUCUCUGAGCAGGAGACGCGGGACAUCUCCGGCUUCAUCUGGGCACACAGGCGGGACAUCCGGGCGUACAUCGCCGUCCACUCCUACUCACAGGUGUGGAUGGCUCCGUGGGGGCACUCCCAGAACAGACCGCCAGGGGACGCUGCUGCACAGGACGCUCUGGGCAGGCUGGCUGUGGAGACCAUCAAAUCUGUUCACGGGACUGACUAUGUAGCCGGGAGAGCCAUGGAGACAUUGUACCAAGUAUCUGGUGAUUCUCAGGACUGGACCUACGACAAGGCGGGGAUUAAGUACUCGUACAUCGUGGAGCUGCGGGACACCGGGCGGCACGCCUUCCUCCUGCCGCCCGACCAGAUCCUGCCCACGGCCGAGGAAAUCUUCCCGUCCCUCCUGGCCGUCGGAGAGUGGGUCCUGGAACACUGAGUCUUCAUGAAAAGUUUAUUGCAAAUUCGUGCCCGGAGGCU